CUGGAGUUGAAUGUAGGUCACCGAAGUAACCAAUGGCCAGCCAGGAUCAAACUGAAACUUGUGAUUCCACGAAAGUCCCCAAUGUGAUAAGGGUGGUCGAGUUAUUGAUACACUGAGACAGUACCGCGCGGCGCUAAAGAGAAACACGAUGUGGAACCACAAGCUCCGUGUGUGUGUGGCCCUGUUUUGGCUGACCUGCUUCACCGCUCACACGUCCGCAAAUUUCAACACAGUCCUGGGGUCUGUGACAAAGUCCUGCAGCUACACAGUUGACCAGUGUGUUGUUCUGGCUAACGUCACGCGACCGACCACCGACGCCACGUGGUGCCAGCUUUUCGCCAUCACCAAAGACGGUGUGACGUCAUACCAGUGCCUGGUCCGGUUCGGGUUUUGCACGGACGAAGAAAUGGUGGCUCUGAAGAAUGCCGCCUGCAACCAGACGUCUGCUGUCCAGAUCAAGUCCAGCGAUCUGAAAAAACGUGUUACCGGUGCAAUCAAAUCAACCACAACAUCCUGCCAACAAAAAAUCGUUUCGUGUGUGAUGUUAUCGAGCGUGGCUACUGUACUGAAACAACAAGAGCAGUUCUGUAAACUGAUGAACCUGGGCAUCAGUGGUAAAGUUACGACAACUUGCCUGAAGCCAGAUUGCACCAUCACAGAAAUCUCUAGCCUGACAGCAGCUGCCUGCAAUAACGAGUCGUCUCAGUCCAAACCAUUGUCUAAAGCUAUAGUUGAAUCAACACAGGCCUGUCAGGACGGAAUUGAGGUUUGCACAUAUUCGUCAUUAGCUGCCUUUGCUUUAAUUAGAAGUGAGCAGUAUUGUAAUGUGAUGAACCUUAAAGAAACACAAACAACCUACCAAUGUUUGAAGGAUCGUGGGUGCACAGACAGUGAGUUCAACAAUAUAAAAACGGCAGCCUGCAACAACUCCUUCACGGGAGGAGUCUCCAGAGCUUGCGACUACACGGUUAACCUGUGCCUUCAGUUGUCUGGGAUCCAGUCCAUCCCUAGCCUGGAGAUGUUGUGCCAGGUCCUGGACAUGUCUAAAGACGGCGUCACGGCGCACCAGUGCCUGGUCCAGCUGGGGUUCUGUACCCACGAGGAGUACGUCGCCCUCAAGAACCGGGCGUGCAGCCAGAACUCAGCGCCCCAGCAGCCGUCAACUGCACUAAAGCUGUCUGUGUAUCGGACACUGGCAACGACAAGCGACACAUGCCAACAACAUGUACUGACCUGUGUCUUUCAAUCGAGCAUCGCUACGGUUUUUAAGCAGCAGGAACAAUUUUGUAAGAUGAUGAACAUGGACAUCAACGGGCAGACGUCCGCUAAAUGUUUGGCUCAAGGCUGUGGAAAUACUGAAAUAUCCAGCCUCAACACCACUGCCUGCUCGACACCACAGUUUCGUCCUUUAUCUGACGCCUUGUUUGCUCUCUCACAAAAUUGUCAUGCAGCUAUAGAGACAUGCACCUACUCCACCUACUAUGCUUUUGCCCUAAUUCGAAGUGAGCAGUAUUGCAGCGUCAUGCAUUAUCAAGAUGUAACAAAUACCUCCGCUUGUUUAACUCGCGCAGGCUGCACAGCUGUAGAGUUCCAAACCCUGGAAACGUAUGCCUGCACUGGCUCAAGGUUUGCCAACACGUCUAAAGCUUGCAUGUACACGAUUGACAGCUGCAUACAACUGUCCGGCGUCCAGUCCAUCGACUCAGAUCGAGAGUGGUGCGCGAUGUUCGACAUGUCCAAGGAUGGAGUCACAGCCUACCAGUGUUUGGUCAAGUUCGGUCUGUGUACCGACGAGGAAUUUGUAGCUCUUAAGGCUGGCGCGUGCAAUCAAAAAAUUCCCGCACAGCUGAUGUCGAGUGCGCUGAAAAAUUCAGUGUACACCUCCAUCAACUCGGCCAAUGACUCGUGCGUUCAGCGCGUGAUCUGGUGCAUCUUCGGCUCCAGUAUAGCCACGAUCUUGAAGCAGCAGGAGCAGUACUGCAAGCUGAUGAACCUGGGCGUCCGCGCCUCCAGCACAUUCGUCUGUCUGAGUCAAGGAUGCUCCAGCACGGAGAUGUCAGCCAUCAACACUACAGCCUGCUCCACCACCCAGUCCCGGCCAUUGUCUAACGCCAUCGUGUCUACAUCACAGGCUUGCCAGUUAGGAAUUGAGAACUGCGCCUAUUCCACAUACAUGGCGUUUGCUCUUAUCAGAAGCGAACAGUACUGCAAUGUAAUGCAUUUUAAAGAUAAAAUAACAACUCAACAAUGCUUGACUGAGCAAGGAUGUACAGAAAAUGAAUUCAAACAGUUAGAAUCGGCGGCCUGCAUUGGGUCGUACAUUUCUAAAGCGUGCAUGUACACGGUGGAGGCCUGCCUAGACCUGGUGGGACUGGAGAGCGUGAGUAGUGACGCGGAAUGGUGCAGUCUUCUGGCCAUGAUUAAAGACGGCGUCUCGGCCUACCAAUGUCUGGUCAGGUUCGGCCUCUGUACGGGCGAGGAGUUCAUCCAACUGAGGAACGAGAAAUGUCGCCAGAACUACGCACCUCUCAUCGUGUCUACAGAACUGAAGAAAUCCGUCUACAAGACAGUCACAUCGACGUCUGAAAACUGCCAACGACAGAUUAUUACGUGUGUUUUUAGAUCCAGUGUGGCGACAGUUUUAAAACAACAGGAACAGUACUGUAAGCUGUUGAACCUCGGCGCAGGCGGCAGCACAACUUCUGAAUGUCUGAGCAACAUGUGCUCCAAGCCAGAGAUCGACCAACUCAACAGGUCAGCAUGCGCCUCGCCGCAGUCCAUGCCUUUCUCUAACACAAUAUUCAGCACCUCAAAGAAGUGCCAAGACGCGAUGGAGUUCUGUACGUACUCGACAUACUUUGCAUUUGCUUUAAUCCGCAGUGAGAAAUAUUGUGAAGUCAUCAACUACAAAGACCAGGUUCCCGCAUACGUUUGCUUGAUAGAACAUGGCUGCACCUUCGCGGAUAUGGCCAGCCUCAACUCCUCGGCAUGCGCGGGCUCACAAGUAGCAGCCGUCUCUAAGCCCUGCAGCUACACCAUCAGGGAGUGCAUCACCCUGUCGGGCGUCCAACUGGAGAACACAAACAUCGGCUGGUGCAAGCUACUCACCAUGUCAAAGGAUGACGUCACGGCCUACCAAUGCCUGGUCAAGUUUGGGCUCUGCACGGACGAAGAGUUCACGGCCAUGAAGAAUGAAGCCUGCGGUCCGGAGGCUUCCGACCGGCUGACCUCAAGCCCCGUGAAGACGUCUGUGUACAACGCCAUCAGCCAGAGCAAUGACAGCUGCCAGCAACAGAUCCUGACCUGCGUGUUCUACUCCCCCGUGGCCACGGUGCUCAAGCAACAAGAACAAUACUGCAAGCUUUUGAACCUCGGACCUGGCGGGGCAACAACACGGACAUGUCUACAGUACGCUUGCACGAGCGACGAGAUCGAUCGGAUAAAAAACGCGUCAUGCAUCAGUGAACAGCCGGCUACGUUCUCCGAUGCCAUCGUCUCCAGCACCAUGACCUGCCAGGUGGCCAUGGAACAAUGCACCUACUCCACCUACUACCCUUUUGCUUUGAUCCGCAGUGAGAAGUACUGUGACGUCAUGAACUUUAAAGACCAGGUCACGGCCCAAGUCUGCCUAACAUCCGGUGGAUGUACGGACGCGGAAUACAAAACUUUGAAAACUGCCGCCUGCUGUGGCACUCGAGUAUUUGCCACACUUCUCCUUUUAACUCUAACAUUGGCACAGGUGUUUGUUUAAACCGGUUUUAAAUUAAUUUUGCAAUAUUUUUUUUAUAUUUUAACAGUGUGUAUGUAAUAUAAACGUUAUCUUAACAAUAUAAUAUACUUUAACAUAGUGUUUUCAGAUGGCUGGUUUAUAUGUCCAGAAAAAAGGCUAAAGACCAAAAGCAAAAGAAAAAGGUCCAGGAAAAGAGUUUAACAAAUAUUAAGUUUUGUAAUUUUAUUACCUACUAACAAAAAAAUUUCAAAAUUAAAAACAUAUUUAC